AUGUACUCCUCCCUCUCAACAACCUCCCCACAGCCAGGCAGAAGCUCCGAUGCCAACGAGUACACCUCCCUCCUCCCCAAGCCAACAGACGACAACCCCGUCCCCGACUUCCUCUCCCAAAACGACAACGACAACGACAACCACAAUGACCGCAACGCAAUCCUCGCCGAGUUCCUCCUCCUCCUCAAGUCCUCCAUCCCCGUCAUCCUCGCCUACACCCUGCAGAACUCCCUGCAGACCGUCUCCGUCCUGAUAGUCGGCCGCAUCUCGCCCGAGCACCUAGCCACCAGCGCAUUCAGUCUCAUGUUCGCCAUGAUCACAGCGUGGAUGAUCGCCCUCGGCGGCACAACGGCCCUGGACACAUUGGCCAGCUCCUCCUUCACAGGCUCCGACAAGAAGAACCUCGGCAUCCUGCUCCAGCGCGGCUUCUUCGUGCUCGGGCUCUUCUACGUCCCCGUCGCAGUCCUCUGGGUCUUCUCCGAGAAGAUCUUCCUCCUCCUCGGCCAGGACGAGUCUCUCGCACGGGAUAGCGCCCGCUUCCUAACGGCCCUGGUCCCAGGUGGUCUGGGGUACGUGUACUUCGAGCUGAUGAAGAAGUUCCUGCAGGCCCAAGGCAUAAUGCGACCAGGAACCUACGUCCUCCUCCUCACAUCCCCCCUCAACGCCCUCCUCACCUACACAUUCGCCCACAAGCUAAACCUCGACCUCCUCGCCGCCCCCCUCGCCCUCUCCAUCUCCUACUGGCUCUCCUUCGCCCUCCUAACCCUCUACGCAGCCUUCGUCGCCGGCUCCGAAUGCUGGGCCGGGUGGAGCCCCGAAGCCCUGUCCAACCUACGCACCUUCUCCCGCCUCGCCCUCCUCGGCGUCAUCCACGUGGGCACGGAAUGGUGGGCGUUUGAAAUCGUCGCCCUCGCCGCCGGACGCCUAGGCACAAUCCCCCUCGCCGCACAGAGCGUCAUCAUGACAGCCGACCAGGUCCUCAACACGAUCCCGUUCGGCGUGGGCGUUGCAACAAGCGCGAGAGUCGGGAAUCUCCUGGGCUCCAGGAAUGCAGCCGGUGCAAAGCGGGCCGCGAACGUCGCGGCGUGGCUGAGCAUGCUUCUUGGCCUGGCCGUGCUGGUGCUGCUACUGGCGAGCAGGGCGCAUUUCGGGCUGCUGUUCAACAGUGACACCCGCGUUGUGGGUCUCACGGCGGAGGUUCUGCCGUUCGUCGCGCUGUUCCAGAUCGCUGACGGGCUGAAUGGGAGUUGUGGCGGGGCGUUGAGGGGCAUGGGGAGGCAGCAUGUUGGUGCGGUGGUGAAUGUGGUUAGUUACUAUUGUGGUGCGCUGCCGCUUGGUGUGUAUCUUGCGUUUCAUGGGUGGGGGCUUAAGGGGCUUUGGGUUGGGCAGUGUGUGGCGCUUUAUCUUGUUGGGGCGAUUGAGUGGGCGGUUGUCAGUGCGAGUGAGUGGGAGGGGGAGGUGAGGAGGGCUUUUGGGAGGAUGGAGGGGGGGAAACAACUGGAGGGGGAUGAGGGAGAGGGGAGGGGCUGA